AUGGUAUUGUACUGUGUUUAUAUUGAAUUGUAUUAUUACAGCAACUAUAAUACAAAUCGAUUCUUUGACCCCGAAGAGAAUUUAAAUUAUUAUAAAAAUUUUUCAGUAGAUAAUAAUGUGCUGUAUCUUGUUUAUAAUAAUAAGUGCCGAAUUCCAAAUCUUGAUAUAUACAAUCCAGAUGUGUUACCUUUUAUGAAAAAGAGGAAGUUUAGACCAUGUACCGAUAAAGGAGGUCAGCUCACGUACAUACAAACCGUUGGCAAUCAAAAUACUUUGAUUAUUGAUUAUACUAAGAGAAAUUAUUAUGCAAUUUAUGGAAAAAUAAGUUGUUGCUAUUCGGUUGUACAUAGGAGGAAGCAUAACGAUAAUUCUUAUUUAAUCGAUAACUGUACACAUUUCGAGAAAACUGCUGUAUUAAAUUCAACUAUACAGUUUUUGAUUGUAAAAUGUGAACGAGUUUUUAGAAAUGGCCGGAAGAAGAUUGUGUAUGCUAAAGCUCAUGCUAUAAUUACUACGAAACACAAAAUACGGAAACGAUUAGAUAGUUUUAAACAAAAUGAUACCACACAGCCAAUCAGUGUUUUAAUGAUUGUUUUUGACAGUGUAUCACGCCUAAAUUUCUAUCGUGCAAUGCCAAAAACUGCAAAUUAUAUUCUAUCGAAAGGAUGGUUUCCGUUACGUGCAUUCAAUAAAGUUGGCUUGAAUACAUAUCCCAAUAUUAUGGCAAUGAUGACCGGAUACAAUAUUUCACAAGUACAGGUAAAAUGUAAUAAUCGAAAUCCAAAGAGAUUGGAUAAAUGUCCUUUAAUUUUAUACAAAUAUCGAGGUAAUGGCUAUGUAACCGCUUAUGGUGAAGAUGAUUCAAGUAUUAAUUCAUUUAGUUAUGCUGGACCAGGAUUUUUGGUUAAACCUACCGAUUAUUAUAUUCAUCAAAGUUUAAACGAUGUAUCCUUACAAGAUUCUCAAACAAAACUUAUGUUUAAUAACUUAGAAAAUUCUGGUUUAUUCAACAAGUCUAUUGUCAUAUUUAUGAGCGAUCAUGGUAUGCGAUUUGGUGGUUAUAGAAAGACGUACUCGGGAUGGUUAGAAGAUCGUUUACCAUUCAUAUUCAUUUGGUUACCGGAUUGGUUUCGUAAAAAAUUUCCAACAGCUGUAAAAAAUUUAAAAUUAAAUGAAAAUCGCUUAACGACUGCAUUUGAUUUACAUUUAACUUUACAAGAUAUCUUGAAGAAAUCUGGACGCUUAAAAGAAGCAACACCAAGUUUAGCAUGCCCAAAAUGUAAAAGUUUAUUUGAAGAAAUUCCAUUUGAACGAGGCUGUGAAGAUGCUAGCAUCGAUUUUGAAUGGUGUACGUGUAAUGGUUUCCAUAGCAUAGACAAUAAUAUAUUUGGUAUCGAUGGUGUUGCAGAGAUUUUAGUUAAACGUAUUCAAAAGAUUUUAUCGAAAAGUAGUGAGACUCGUAAACUUUGCAAAAAACCUUCAUUAAAGAGCGUCAUCGAUGUUCGUGAGUCACAACUCUCAACAGCUACCGUAAAAUUUUAUUUAGUAACAAUUGAGAUCGAUCCAAGUGGUAAAUUUGAAGGUACCAUUGUAAAAACAUUCAUUAAAGGUAAAAAUUCUUUCGAAUUAAAAGGUGAUGUUACUCGAAUUGAUAGUUAUGGUACCCAAAGUCAUUGUAUUCAUACGAAAUAUUACAAACCGUAUUGUUAUUGUAAAGAGAAACUUUAA